UUGACCCGUAUUAAAAUCCUGCUUCCGAUACAGUGUAAAAGAACAGAAACGAACGACACACGACGUUGAAUGACAAGUACACAGAAAAGUCCUCUUUUAAUGGCAUCCAAAAAGUUCAAAAUGGGCAAACCUAACACAGAAAGCAAUGCCAGGGAAAGUGACAUGGACAACAAGAGUGUGAUUAUAAAUAAUGUUGAUUCCACGACCCAAAGCGUAAACACUACAUGUAUAUGUGCUAGUGUUAGUUCAGAGACCUUAAAUCCAGACCAAACAAUAAAUGACUUUAACUCUGUUUGUGUCAAAAUUGAGACUGAUGAAUGGUAUAAUACGGCUGAAGAUUUUUAUUCUGUGUGUUCCAAGCCAGAACAGGUUUUAUGGGAAAAUAGACAUCCAGAUUGCAAGAAACAAGAUGGCUCCAAUUUAGUACAUGAACAAACAGGAUCACAAUGUUUACAGAUGGAUAAAGAUAACACCAAACAAUAUGGCUUCACCUCUGAUUGUGUGAAAUCAGAACAGCCGGAAUGUGAAGUUAUGCAUCAAGAUUUCACAAGACAGCCUGUAUGUGUGAACAAAAAUACGACUGCCCAUGCAUAUACAGCACAAUUUCAGCUCCAUUCUGUAUGUGGGAAAACAAAACAGUCUCUUAAUCCAAAUACAGACCAGAGUUAUCCAACAACUAAUGACCUCAAUUAUGAAUGUAGUAUAGCUAAACAGUAUAUAAAGACAGAAACAGACACUGGAAAUACAACAGCAAAUGAUCACAAUGAUUUAUGUGAUCAUAAAUAUAAAAAAACACCUGAGAAUCAAGCUGAACUGGCUGACCUUAAUUCUGUAUUUUUGACAAGGAAAGAGAUUGAACUUUCAUAUGUUGACCAAUAUUGUGCUAGACCAACUGUGGAUGGAGAGACAUUAACAAUUGACCAUUACUCGAACCUUAAUGUUCAAAGACAUUCAAUCUCUGAAAACGAUGACUCAGAAAUAUUCAUUGAAAGACUCAAAAGAAAAAGAAAGAGCUGUCACUCAACCCAUCCAGCAACAAAGAAGUGUCAAGGUUCGUCCACAGGAAAAGUCCAGCCCAAGGGUGCUCCAGCAAGAGACAAUGCUGUGACAAGGAGUGUCCCUCUAAAACCAGCUAAGAAGAAAUUGACCAAAAAAGGGGAUCGAGUGAAGAAAGUUAAGGGAAUGAACAAAGCCAAGACCCCAGAAAAGGACAAGACUGAGUACAGUCUUCAAGAGAGAAACCUUGCCAGCUGUAUGAAACUGGAACUUCCAGAUAAUGACCAUUUUCUAUAUUGUGGAGAAUGCAAUAAGGGGUUUGAAGGGAACUGCCCUGUUUAUGGACCCUACUACUACAUACAGGACAAAGAGGUACCAGAUGGAGACACCCUAAAAGCUGACCAUUCCUUACCAGAUUGCCUUGAAAUCAAAACAUCCAAAAUAGCUGGCGGUGGUCUUGGAGUGUUUUCCAAGGAGAGACUGAAAUCCAGGAUAUUGUUUGGACCAUAUGGGAGCAAUAUCAUCACUGACAACCAUAAGUCUGCAUAUUGCUGGCAGAUCUAUGAGGAUUGCAAAGCCAGUCAAUUUGUGGAUGCCCAAAACAAUGCCACCUCUAAUUGGAUGAGAUACGUGAACUGUGCUUUGACGGAGGCAGAUCGGAACCUUGUAGCAUUGCAGUACGAAGGAGGCAUAUAUUACUGCACAUGGAAGCAAGUUUCACCAGGUAUACAGGCAUGUUGUGAGGAAUUGCUGGUUUGGUACGGAGAUGAAUUCGCCAGAGAACUUGGCAUUAUCAGAGACAAUAACUUGUGCAGUAAUACUACUAAAAACAGUGGUCACUUGAAGGAACACAUGAGGAUACAUACUGAAGAGAGACCGUACAAGUGUGAGGAGUGCGGCUAUUCAUGUAAACUUAGAUGUCACUUGAAGAGACACAUGAGAAUACACACAGGAGAAAGACCGUACAAGUGUGAGUUGUGCAGUUAUGUAUGUAAGAGGAGUGUUGACUUGAACAUACACAUGAGGAUUCAUACAGGAGAGAGACCAUACAAGUGUGAGGUGUGUAGUAAAGCAUUUAAACACAGUGGUAACUUGAACAAACACAUGAGAACACAUACAGGAGAAAGACCAUACAAGUGUGAGGUGUGUGAUAAUUCGUGUAAAACUAGUGAUCACUUGAAGAUACACAUGAUGAUACAUACAGGAGAGAAACCGUACAAGUGUGAGGUGUGCAGUUAUGCAUGUAAGAGGAGUUAUGACUUGAAGACACAUAUGAGGAUACAUACAGGAGAGAGACCAUACAAGUGUGAGGAGUGUGGUAAUGCAUUUAAGGAGAGUUGUGACUUGAAGAUACAUAUGAGAAUACAUACAGGAGAGAGACCAUACAAGUGUGAGGAGUGUGGAUAUGCAUGCAACCAGAGAAGUAGCUUGAAGAGACACAUGAGGAUACAUACAGAAGAAAAACCGUACAAGUGUGAGGAGUGUGGCUAUUCAUUUAAACAUAGCAGUCAAUUGAAAGAUCACAUGACGAUACAUACAGGAGGGAAACUGUACAAGUGUGAGGAAUGUUGUUAUGAAUGUAACCAGAGUAGUACCUUGAAGGUACACAUGAGGAUACAUACAGGAGAAAGACCAUUCAAGUGUGAAGUGUGUAGCUAUACAUGUAGCCAGAGUGGUACCUUGAAGCAACACAUGAGGAAACAUACUGGAGAGAGACCGUACAAGUGUAAGGUGUGUGAUUAUGCAUGUUACAAGAGGGUCACCUUAAAGGCACACAUGCGAAAACACAGUAGGGAGACCGUACAAGUGUAAGUUGUGUGGUUAUGCAUGUAAGGAGAGUGGCAACUUGAAGGCACACAUGAGGAUUCAUACAGGAGAGAGACCGUACAAGUGUCAGGAGUGUGGUUAUGCAUUUAAUCAGAGUGGUCAAUUGAAGAUACACAUGAGGAUAC